AUGAAAAGAAUAAGAUCGCUUUGGUUUAAUACGGAGGCUUCUUAUUCGAACCUUAACGAUUCUCCUAGCUUGAGGAAUAAAAAUAGUUCUGAUAAUAACUCUCGCUUCAAAAAUUAUCACUCUUUCACAAAGUUUGACUUGAUCAACUCUAUAUUACUAUUGAUGAUGCUAUUUUUAUUAGCUAUCUUCGUUAUUGCAUUAUAUUUUACAAGGAACUCCAGGCUCACGCACUCGCAUGCCUCGAGGGCUGUACUGUUCAAUCCUUUGGGUGUGAUAUUACCGUCACUGGGAAAUCAUACGUUAAACUACGAUCCAGAAGCAAGGGAGUCCUCUAAGAAACUUUAUGAACUUCUUUCUGAUUUCAACACGGCUUACUAUGAUGACGAAAACAUGAUUUUGGGAAGUAAUUUAUUCUCAAAAAAUACAUACUCGAGGCAACCAUAUGUUGCUAACGGUUAUAUCGGUAGUCGUAUUCCCAAUACUGGGUUCGGGUAUGCGUUAGACACCCUGAAUUUUUAUACAGACGCGCCAGGCGCUUUAAAUAACGGUUGGCCCUUAAGGAAUCAUAGAUUUGCUGGUGCAUUUGUAUCAGACUUUUACUGUUUACAACCAAAACUAAAUUCAACAAACUUCCCUGAAUUGGAUGAUGUAGGGUACUCCACUGUCAUUUCAUCCAUUCCACAAUGGACUAAUUUACAGUUCUCAUUAGUAAAUGAUUCCAAGUGGUUCAACCCGCAAAACGUUACCUUGGAUGAUGUAACUAACUAUAGCCAAAACUUAUCAAUGAAGGAUGGCAUUGUAACUACUGAGUUAGAUUGGCUAGAUAGUCAAAUACAUGUCAAAAGUGAGGUUUGGGCACAUAGACAUAUUCAUCCACUGGGUGUUGUUUCUUUGGAAGUUUCUCUGAAUACAGAUCAUUUACCAUCGGAUUUUGAUUCAUUAGAUGUCAAUAUAUGGGAUAUACUUGAUUUCAACACAUCACAUAGGACUGUUUUGCAUAGCACCGGGACAGACGAAAAAAAUAAUGCAGUCUUCAUGAUCGUUCAGCCAGAUAAUGUCCCGUCCUCUAACUGUGCUAUUUACUCAACGUGCACUGUAAAGUAUGAAAAUUCCACCAAUUCAAUAAAUUCUGGUGAAUCCUUUGAAGAUAAAGAUAUUUCAUCUAACAUUUAUAAUAUCAUCCUAACAGAGGAUCAGCCCAAGAUAAUUGUCCAUAAGUAUGUUGGUAUUAUGUCUACUGAAUUUAACAGGAACAAGGAGCAGCAAGACAAUACUAAUAUAGAUUUGGCCAAAAUGAUAGCUUUAAACAGUAAAGGUAAUUACGAGCAGCUUUUAUCAAGUCACAAGCGUGCGUGGUAUGACCUUUACAAUGACGCCUUCAUUGAAAUUCCUUCUGACAGUCUUUUAGAAAUGACCGCAAGGUCGUCCUUGUUCCAUUUGCUAGCAAAUACUAGAGACUACAAUGUCUCAAGCGAUAGGGGCCUGCCCGUGGGAGUUUCUGGUUUAUCAUCAGAUUCUUACGGUGGUAUGGUGUUCUGGGAUGCAGAUAUAUGGAUGGAACCUGCCCUACUGCCUUUCUUCCCCAACGUGGCUCAAAAUAUGAAUAAUUACAGAAAUGCCACGCAUGCCCAGGCAAAGUUAAAUGCAGAGAGAUAUGGAUAUCCCGGAGCAAUAUAUCCCUGGACAUCUGGCAAAUACGCUAAUUGCACUUCUACGGGGCCAUGUGUCGACUACGAAUAUCAUAUCAACGUCGAUGUCGCUAUGGCCUCCUUUUCAAUAUACUUGAACGGUCAUGAGGGGAUUGAUGACGAGUAUCUGAGAUAUACUACAUGGCCAAUUAUCAAAAACGCAGCUCAAUUUUUUACUGCUUAUGUUAAGUACAAUUCUUCCCUAGGAUUGUAUGAAACAUACAAUUUAACAGACCCUGACGAGUUUGCAAAUCACAUCAAUAAUGGAGCCUUCACGAACGCUGGUAUCAAAACGCUUUUAAAGUGGGCAACAGACAUUGGCAAUCAUCUCGGCGAGGUCGUUGACCCUAAAUGGAGUGAAAUCUCUAAAGAUAUUUAUAUCCCUAGAUCUUCAUCUAAUAUUACUUUGGAAUACUCUGGUAUGAACAGCUCAGUGGAAAUUAAACAGGCAGAUGUGACUUUAAUGGUUUACCCACUUGGGUAUAUCAAUGACGAAUCCAUUUUGAACAAUGCGAUUAAAGAUCUUUAUUAUUAUUCGGAAAGACAAUCUGCCUCUGGACCUGCAAUGACAUAUCCAGUUUUUGUUGCCGCCGCUGCCGGUCUACUGAAUCACGGCUCUUCUUCUCAAAGUUACUUAUAUAAAUCGGUUCUUCCAUACCUACGGGCUCCUUUUGCUCAAUUUAGUGAACAAUCAGACGACAACUUUCUCACAAAUGGAUUAACCCAACCAGCAUUCCCCUUUUUAACAGCUAAUGGUGGAUUUCUACAGAGCAUCCUGUUUGGGUUAACAGGAAUCCGGUAUUCUUAUGAGGUUGAUCCGGAUACUAAAAAAAUUAAUCGUUUGCUAAGAUUUAAUCCAAUAGAACUGCCCUUGCUACCUGGUGGUAUCGCUAUUAGAAAUUUUAAGUACAUGAACCAGGUUCUAGAUAUAAUAAUUGAUGACCAUAAUGGUACAAUUGUUCACAAAUCAGGAAAUGUACCCAUACAUAUAAAGAUACCAAACAGAUCUCUAAUACAUGACCAGGAUAUCAACUUCUAUAAUGGUUCUGAAAUGGAAAGAAAUUCGAAUCUAGAGCGUCGAGGAGUCGACCUUGUUGGGGAUCCAAUGAGGAUGGAUCGGUAUGGUACCUAUUAUCUUUUGAAACCAAAGCAAGAGCUUACAGUUCAAUUGUUCAAGCCUGGUUUAAACGCAGAAAAUAAUAUAGCGGAAAAUAAACAAAUAACAAACCUGACGGCUGGUGUUCCUGGUGACGUUGCAUUUUCUGCUUUAGAUGGGAAUAAUUACACGCAUUGGCAACCAUUAGACAAAAUUCACCGUGCGAAGCUGUUGAUUGACUUAGGUGAAUACAACGAGAAGGAGAUUACCAAGGGAAUGAUUCUUUGGGGACAGAGACCCGCAAGGAACAUUUCCAUAUCUAUUUUGCCUCAUUCUGAGAAAGUUGAAAAUUUAUUUGCUAACGUAACAGAAAUUAUGCAAAAUUCAGGAAAUGACCAACUUCUUAAUGAAACCAUUGGUCAACUUCUUGAUAAUGCUGGAAUUCCCGUGGAGAAUGUAAUUGAUUUUGAUGGCAUGAAACCAGAGGAUGACGAAUCUUUGGAUGAUGUGCAAGCUUUGUUGCACUGGAAGAAGGAAGACUUGGCUAAACUGAUUGAACAAAUACCUAGACUAAAAUUUUUGAAAAGAAAAUUUGUGAAAAUCCUGGAUAAUAUGGCAGUCAGCCCAAGCGAGCCAUAUUACGAAGCAAGUCGUAACCAGUCAUUGAUUGAGAUAUUGCCCAGUAAUAGAACGACUUUUACUAUUGAUUAUGGUAAAUUGCAGGUGGGUGAUAAAGGGAACACAGAUUGGAGAAAAACAAGAUACAUAGUUGUGGCGGUACAAGGAGUUUAUGAUGAUUAUGAUGAUGACAGCAAAGGAGCUACAAUCAAGGAGAUUGUUCUCAACGAAUAA